GUUUUGUCCCCUCGGGAGUCUAGGCACGAAAAAUCCAUACCCUAAACCUAACUCUUGGUGGCAGGUGCAAAAAGGAGGAAGGAGAGAAAAACUCAAAAUGGAGCCUUCCAUCUCCAAUCCCCUCUCCUAAUUUUUCCCUCCCUUUCCAUGCCUACCACACUGGUUACCCUAAACCAUGAACAACAAACUCCAAGUUCUUCAUGCCGUUGAUCGAUAAUGAUAUUAUACCUCAACUUUGUUUCCACAGUUAUCAAGACUCAUUACGAAAGUAAAUACGUGCCCUUGGAAGAUAACCAAAAAAUAUGGACAUUGAAAGUCAACCCCAAUGCAACGAAAGUUCCACUAGUAAUGAUUCAUGGCUUUGGAGCAGGUUUGGGUUUCUGGGCUAUGAACGUUGAUGCCCUUGCUAAGGAAAGGACUGUCUAUGCAUUUGACGUGCUGGGAUUUGGCCGCAGCUCCCGCCCUCACUUUAGUUCAAAAGCAGAAGAGGCCGAAAGCCAAUUUGUGAAGUCAAUAGAACAAUGGCGACAUCAGGUCGGCUUAGAAAAGUUUGUACUUCUGGGACAUAGUUUUGGUGGUUACCUUGCGAGUUCCUAUGCUCUAAAACAUCCAUCCCGAGUUCAACAUCUAAUCCUGGUGGAUGCUUGGGGUUUCCCAGAGAAACCCUCAGAACUUGAGUUUACCUUACCUUGGUGGAUUAAAGCUUUGGCCACAGUAUCAAGUUUCUUUAAUCCAUUUGCUGGAAUCAGAGCUGCUGGUCCAUGGGGUAUGUAAUGUAAAGCAAUUCAAAAUAAUUAUUAUUGAUUUUUGACUAGUUUCUAGCAUGACUGUUUUUUUUUUUUAGAAUUUAAAUCAAAACAUUUUGGUAAAUGUAAGCCCUUGUUAUUUUAUCACCAGCAGCAAUAAAUUAUUGGUUGUUGAAGGAGGUUUUCCUAGAGCACUGCAACUAGGACCCUGAUACCCCUAGCCUUUACCAGACUAUGUUCAACUGGGAUGUGCCACCCUACCUAUCCCAGACUGUAGACCUGAACCAGAAACCCUUUUUCAGACCAAAUCUCACUGCAAUCCCAUUCCUGACCAAACUGCUUUAAAAUUAAUGUCCUUCACAGCAACAUAAUGACAAUCCCCUUUCUGAGGCUUUUAAUAAAAAGCCAGCCACGUUGAUUGUUUUAGCCAGAUUUAUUUUGAGGCUGCAGUUAUAGAAAUUGACGAUUUUGGUUUCCAAAAAAAAAAAAAAAAGCUAGGCAGUCAGGAUUGUACAGAUGACAAAGUCACACAAUAACAUUAUGUUGCUGUGACAAUUGGCACCUUUUUGUAGCUAUAAUUAACUAGGCAAUAGUAUUGUACAUAUACAUGUAAUUUAUUGUUUUUUAUUAUUUUAUACAAUCGGUAGGUCCAUCACUGGUUCAGAGGUUUAGACCAGACCUUCAAAGAAAAUACUCAAGACUUCUAUCAGAUGAAUCAGAUGACACAAUCUUCAAUUACAUCUACCACUGCAACGCUCAAAAACCCAGGUAUGUACUUUAAUUUUGGCAGUUUGUAAUAGUCUGCAGCGUGCAAAGAAAGUGCUGUCCAAUAGCCCGGGGUAGUGGAUUUUGCUAUCAGGCUAGUGAAUUCUGUUUUUGACUUGCCCGAUGGGCAAGUGAGGUUUUUUGAGGAAUGUGAAUAACAGAAGAACUGUGAAAUCAAUUCUGCUAGUCAAAAAGCUUUUGGGGCUAGAUGAAAUGACGUCUGGGCUAGUAAAUGCUAGCUUCAGCUUGCCUGAAUGGAAAGCUGUAAAAAUGAUUUUCUUUGCACCCUGAGUCUGUCAAGCAAUAAUGCACAAGACAAUGUCAUUCAGAACUUUGUGACUCCAGCUGACUCCCUCACUUGCAAAUGUGACCCCUCUAGCCACUUACUUGGAAGGAAAGGUGGAUACUUUAAGACCAAAAGGGAAUGCAAAGAAUGUUGUCUCCACCUCUGGAUGUUUGUCAUCACUUCCUCCAAUUAUCCAUUAGGAAAGAAAUCAUAUAUUAUUUUAUUUUAAUGACAGAAUUUUACUUUUUUUCGGUUAGUGGGGAGACGGCAUUCAAGAACAUGAAUGUUUCUUAUGGCUGGGCCAAGUUUCCUAUGAUCGACAGAAUUUCCGACGUGGACAAAAACAUUCCAAUAACUAUGAUCCAUGGUAGUGAAUCAUGGAUUAGCGUUGAGAGCAGUUAUCAAACUAAGUAUUUGAGAAAAGAUAGUUUUGUGGACAUCAGAAUCAUUUUAGAUGCUGGACACCACGUUUAUGCUGAUCAGCCUGACAAUUUUAACAAGCUUGUGGACAAAAUUUGUCGAAAAGAGGAUAGAAAGACAAAUGCAGUUACACACUAAGCACAUUAAAAGAUGUGAUAUUUCAGGCUUUUCACACUCUUUCUUUUCUGUUUACUAUUAUCUAAAAAAAUACAGAUGUUGCCAUUAAUUUUCCAACAACUGCAAUGACAACAAUGAAUUUAAAACAGAAAGACAAAUUUGAAUAGAAAAUGUUAACUAAGUUAAACAAAAAGAAAUGAGGAAGGAUGUAGUAGGAGAUAAUAGAUGCAGAAGUGUUAAGUUCAAUUUCCGCCGCUUUCCCGAAUCUAGUCCUUUGGUCCUCCUCAAAAGAGCUAUUUCAGGAGGAUCAGUGUGGGCUAGAUUUUGUGAACAGUUCUGGUAAUCGAGCCUAUUUUAGUGACAGAUCCAAAAUAUUUAAAUUUUAUUUUCUAAGACGAGAAGACUGACCAAAGUUCUCCUGACUUGAGGGCUUUGCAAGUAUUUAUAAAUCUACGAAAUUCUGCUACAUCAGUGCACAGAUUUCCAGGUACUUAGGGAAAGUUCAUUUAAUAUGACAAGGGGGGGGGGGAUGAAGAUAUUGAGGGGGGGCUCUGAAAAUUUUUAGACACCCGAAGGGGGGGCUCUGAAAAAAUUGUUGCACUAGGAGGGGGGGCUCCGAAAAUUUGUAUACCAAUACAUGACAUCAUCAUACAGAUCGGAUGGUUUUCAACUCAACAAUUUAAUGACCUGUGCAACUCAGCUAUAUCACGUGGUUUACAGAUAUAACAAAUCUAGUCUCAGUAAUUAUUACACUCUUGUUCAUCCUAAAAAUGCUUUAGAAAAUUGUAUCACAACUGUAUCUCAAGUUUGUCAUAGUGUAAACCAUUGAAGACAAUAACAGUAAAUAUAUUUAAUACAGUCUAGCGAUCUUUUUUCAGGGGAGCAAAGGAAUUGAAGGAGGGGGGGGGGCUCUGAAAUUUUUUCGACUACCAAGGAGGGGGCCCCUAAAAAUUGAACCGCUAGCGAGGGGGGCUGCUAAAAUUUCAAGCUUCGAGUUUCAAUAUCUUCAUCCCCCCCCCCUUGUCAUAUGAAAUGAACUUUCCCUUAGGACAUACAUAUUGUAUGACUCUUCCCUUAAUUCCUUUGAUGGUAUCUUAUUGGGUUCCGAGUGUUAGCAAUUUUUAGAUUUUCACAUUUGUAAACAGUACGUUGAAGUGUUCUCUAAGAAAAGAAGACACAGCAAAAAGACUUGUCUGUUGUACAUUGUUAUUUUAGAUUAUAGUUAUAGAUGGAAGACUCAUAUUACUGUAAAAUAUUUAAAUAGCUAAAUGAAUGUAAAUAAGUAAGAGAAAUAAAGCCAAAACAGCCAUAGCCACAGCCUCACUGCAAUGUAUUUUUCUGUGUAGCCUGUUCCCGUGUUCAUAUAGGGGAAAGUGAAGAGAAAUGGAGAAUAAAGAGUAAAAAAUGUUAAAGAGAGGGGGAUGGAGGGAGGAAGGAGAGAGGUUCUUUUGCCCUCUCUCCCUAUACCCAACCCCUCACUACUUACUUCUCUUAGUGCUGCCCCCACUAUCUGAAUACACCUACCCCACCCCUCUUUACCCCCACCCACUCACACACACACAGAAACAACAGCAAAAAGAACAACAAAUAGACCAAACACCAACAAGUAAAGCCAGGCUUAAUGUCCCGAUAUACAGAGGCCUAUUUCUGACUACUGUGUGGCACGAUAUUUUUGCGGGUUCUAAUUUUUGCGAUUUUUUUCCCACAAAUAAACAUCACCGGAAACAUUUUUCCUGCAAGAAUUUACUCCAGAGUAAAUAAUUCUCUAAUUUAAAUUCGCUACACAAAAAUACAGUACUAAGAAACCGUGUCUGUUCAAUCACAACUUGUCUCUUUCUUUUACAAACAAAACGGUAUACAACGAAAUACUGGUUUAUUGUUUGAAAAUAUAUAUUUCUAUUGCACGUACUCACUGGCACGUACUCAAAAAAUAAGCGACAAUAUUACCAUUACUGGGUACUGGGUACUGGGUACUUAACGAAAAUCGAAAAAUUAAUUCCCAGCAAGAAAAACCAAUCGGUCCUAAUCGCAAAAAUUAGUUCCCGCAAAACACAAACAAUCGCCAAUCCACAAAAAUAAACUCCGGCAAAAAUUUCUUGCCACACGGUAGUUUUGGCGGCUACUGCGUGACAGAACUAGCGUGUGGUUGACCUUUGGCCCACUGUCUGGACUUUGCAUCUCAGCUGGGAGCUAACAAAAGCGUACAAACAUGUAUACAAACAACAAAUAGCUUGUACCGCGUUGGAACAGAGACCUUUUUAGAUAGAGAUGAUCAUGCUAUUAGCUUCGAGAGCCGG